AUGUGCAAAGCAAUUACACCUGGAAUUGACUACUCCCUUUACCUGGUCACCGGAAGAGAACUGCUCCCGGAAGGCAUAACCUACAUAGAGUCACUGAAGCAGGCCAUUGAGGGCGGAGUUACUGUCGUCCAAGUACGGGAAAAGAAAGCAGACACGGGAGAAUUCCUCCAAAUAGCUCGCGAAAGCAAAGAACUAUGUGAUCAACACAACAUUCCUCUUAUCGUCAACGAUCGCAUCGACAUUGCCCUUGCAAUCCGCGCGACGGGCGUCCACCUCGGCCAGACCGACAUGCCCGUGGCCGUAGCCCGCUCACUCCUCCCGCCGGAUACGAUCAUCGGUGUCUCGUGCAAUACCCCAGAGCAGGUUGAGAAAGCGGUGCAAGACGGCGCCGACUACGUAGGCCUCGGAGCGGUGUAUGGAACACAGACGAAAGACGUCUCCGGGAAGAUCAUCGGUCCCCGAAAGGUCGGGCUGAGGCUGGAGAAGCUGGACGGCACCAACGUCAAAUCUGUGGUCAUCGGGGGCAUCAAAACUUCUAAUGUCUUGAGGACGCUCCAUGUGUCUGUUUCGACUAGCGGGCGCACCGUCGACGGAGUCGCGGUCGUAUCCGACAUCGUGGCUUCCAAGACGCCUAGAGAGUCGGCGCGCACCCUCGCCAGCCUCGUGAAGGCGUUCAAGCUCGCAUCUUCGGCGCCUGCCUUAGCCAGACCGUUUUCUAGGCAAUUGAGCGACUCGCUACUGCACGACGCUGCAGCUCUGCUAGACGUCGUCCGGAAACAUUCUCCUCUGAUCCACCAAAUCACUAACACCGUCGUGACUAACCAAUCGGCGAAUGCGACGCUUGCGUUAGGAGCUUCUCCUAUCAUGGCAACCUCUCCUUACGAGAUGGAGGACCUACAGAAAGCCACCGGCGCUCUCCUGAUCAAUUUCGGGACCAUCACGGACAAAGAGGGCAUGCUGCAAGCCGGUAAAUUUGCCAACCUGAACAAGAAGCCCGUAGUGUUCGACCCUGUAGGGGUUGGCGCCACCGCUUAUCGGCGGUCAACUGCGAGCGAACUGCUGAACACCUGGCAAGCUUCGAUUAUCAAAGGGAACGCUGCCGAGAUUGGUGCCCUCGCGGACUCCGUGGAGGUACAGGCUAAAGGCGUAGAUUCCGGAGGGAGCUUCAAGGACCCUGCCGCGGUGAUCAGGCAGCUUGCCAGGAAAGAGCGCUGCGUCGUCGUUCUGUCCGGGGUGGUGGAUUACAUCACGAACGGUGAGGAUGUGGUAGCGCUGCACAAUGGCCAUCCUCUCCUGGGUCAGAUUACUGGGUCAGGAUGCAUGCUCGGAACUGCGGUCGCUACUUUUGCCGCUGCCGAGAGGCUGCGGACGUUAGAAAGCGAAGGGAAGGGCGCCGACGAGGAGGGCAAGCUGGUAAGUGGGGACAUGCUGGUCGCUGCCGUCGGAGGCGUCCUGGCGCUCACGGUUGCGUCGGAGUUGGCUGCCGCCAGGGAGGACGUCAAGGGCAGCGGGACAUUCUUGCCUGCUCUGAUUGAUGAGUUGGGGAAGCUGACGCCGGAGGUUAUCGCCAGCAGAGCUAAAGCGGAGGUAUUCUCUCCCUGAGGAAUUAUGAUGUAUAGAGAAGAUCUAGACGUACAUGUGUAUGAUAUGUCUACACUGAGGCGAACUGAAGGGCGACGUUGAAGCGUCUCAGGCUCAUAUUCCCAGGAGGGGCGCAGUAUACAUCGACUGCCUACAUAUAUAAUACAAAUCCGAGCUAGAGAUACACCUACGCCUUUCAUCCCAUACGCAGACUAAGCAACAGGCGGUGCAA